GAGUCCCCAGAGCUGGGCCAGGGGGAUGAACCGCGAGGGAGCACCCGGUAAGAGCCCGGAGGAGAUGUACAUCCAACAGAAGGUCCGCGUGCUGCUCAUGCUGAGGAAGAUGGGGUCAAACCUGACCGCCAGCGAGGAAGAAUUCCUGCGCACCUACGCGGGGGUAGUCAGCAGCCAGCUCAGUCAGCUGCCACAGCACUCCAUCGACCAGGGUGCAGAGGACGUGGUGAUGGCGUUUUCCAGGUCGGAGACAGAAGACCGGAGGCAGUAGCUGAAAGCCCCUUGAAACACCCUGAAAGCUACAGAGGGCCAAGAUACCUGUGGGGCUCCUCUCCCUGUUGAGUGGCAGCAAACGACCUUCUUCCCUCCCUCUGCUCCCCUCACCCCCCCUCCCCACCCCAGCCACUCAGCAGGGCUGGCAUCAAGGGAGAUGCCAGUGGUGGUUUGUGAUUGGCUUAAGGGAUGGACUCGUGAUUGGCUGCAGGAAGAAACCUUUUUAUUUUUAAAUCUUGACCAACGGAAACCUUUUAUUUUUAUUUCUGACUCUUUAUUUUUUUAAAAAUUUGCGCCUCGGUAGUUGGCUUCCCCGGAAGCUCUCCGAGCUCUGGUGCUUUAUUUAGGUCAUUUUUUAGGAUCGUGAAGAGGCCCGAUUGGCUGCUUAAACUGGAAAAGGAUUGUGAUUGGCUGGCUUGUGGGACAUGUCUUCUCUUUGAUUGGCUGCAGGUGUUCUGCUCAUAUCACCAAGUUCUUCUAUUCCGAAUGCAGAAAACAGGGUUAGGGGAUAUUGAUUGUUAUAUUUGACUUGAAAAAAGAAAAGAAAGAAACCAAAUGA